AUCCCAACACAAUGACUGCAUCCAACGAUAGAGUGGUGAGCUCGAUCCGAGAAGUACCCGUUACGCAGGAGCGCAAGCCAUUCCUCUCCCCAAAAGACUCCGAGCUCCAAAACGCCGGAACCGCACGCGCCAACCUCGCCCCCUCUUCCGAAACGCCCUCAGGAACCACAUCCCGCGGCUGGGCGACCAAGCACGCGCACCAAACCGUCCUGCAGCAACACUGCGACUUCUUCGACCGGGACCACGACGGCAUCAUCUGGCCCCGCGACACAUUCAUCGGCUUCCACCGCCUGGGCUUCAACAUCCUCCUCUGCCUCAUCUCCGUCCUCGUCAUCCACGCAAACUUCUCCUACCCGACCUGCCCCGGCUGGCUGCCAGACCCGUUUUUCCGCCUCUUCCUCAAUAAUAUCCACCGCGAUAAACAUGGGAGUGAUACGGGUACGUAUGAUACUGAGGGUAGGUUCGUGCCCCAGCAUUUCGAGAAUAUAUUCGCCAAGUAUGCGCAGGGGAGGGGGUAUUUGACUGUGAGGGAUGUGGCGAGGGUGUGGAAUGGGCAGCGCUGUAUUGCGGAUCCGAUUGGAUGGGGUGGCGCGUUCUUUGAGUGGACUGCGACGUAUAUCAUGCUUUGGCCGGAGGAUGGGCGCAUGAUGAAGGAGGAUAUUCGGGGGGUGUAUGAUGGGAGUAUUUUCUAUACUAUUGCUGCGAGGCGGGAGAAGAAGCAGUAGAUGAGGUGGGUUUAGGGGUAUACCUUUUGUUGACUAACGAGGGAGAUGUGUGGCCGACUGAGGAGGAGGGUCCGCGGGUAUAGAUAGCACCCCGGCAUACAUACCUUUCACAUACGACCAUAGGGGCAAGAAUCUAGCGCUUCCCGUUUGCUCAGCGGUACUCAAGCUUGCGACCGGCGGUUUAGUAGCUAAUUGGGUGACCCUUGGCGAAUUCCCGCUGUUGUAUGUUAUCUUUUUGCUUGUCUGGCGGAUCUGGGCUGUCUAUGGCGCUGGUCUGGUAUUUCGACGGCGAUGAGGUUGGUGUUCUGGAUGAUCUGGUUGGUGCGGACAGGUUUAUAUGGCUGUUUUCUUUUACUUGAACAGGCUGAAACUGCGAACCUUCUGCCAUAAUGGACAAAACUCAACUCCAGCGUCGCUAUAGUGUGAUCGUCAAGCAAGAUGAUGUUCAUGACUCGGUAGG